UAGAGAUGAAAGGGUCUCAUAUUCCGAACUCUCAACGACUAUUUACUGCCCUCCCGCCAUCUCCCAUCUCUCUCUCUCUCCCGCCAAUUCCGUCGCCUAUCCAGGGCACGUACGGGGACUCCUCCAAACGGAAUCCUGCCGUUAUCUCCCCAUCCGUCGUUAAAUAAGGCAAGGGGACGGGACGCGCUUCCCAUGGCCCGACUCCUACCCUUUCUCGACCGGGGAUCGUCUCCGAUGGGCGACUCCGAGGAGAACGUCCGCAACGGCCUCCUCCACUCCCCCGCCGCUGGCCGACCCCCGACCCUGGGCGAGCUCCUCAAGCGCGUCGGCGACGCCCACGACGGCGCAGGCAGCGACAGCGGCACCUCCUGCGACGGCUCCUCCGCGUCUCCGGACCACGUCGUCGAGCUCGAUGAUGUGUCCGUCGGCCACCUCCGCGGUCGCCCCCUCCCCUUCGUCCUCGCCUUCACUAAUCUCGCCUACAGCGUCAAGACCCCGAAGAAGCUCGCUUUCCCCUCCCUCUUCCGCCGCCGCAGGUCCCAUUCCGCCACGAGCGGUACCAAGACUCUCUUGGAUUCGAUCUCCGGCGAGGCGAGGGAGGGCGAGAUCCUUGCCGUCCUGGGCGCCAGUGGAUCGGGGAAGUCGACCCUGAUCGACGCCCUGGCUAACCGGAUCGCCAAGGGGAGCCUCAAGGGUUCCAUAACCCUGAACGGAGAAGCGCUAGAGAGCCGCCUCCUCAAAGUGAUCUCCGCGUACGUGAUGCAGGACGAUCUCCUGUUUCCCAUGCUGACCGUGGAGGAGACGCUGAUGUUCGCCGCCGAGUUCCGUCUCCCCCGGUCGCUCUCCGCCGCCAAGAAGCGCGCCCGCGUCCAUGCCCUUAUCGACCAGCUCGGCCUCCUCCCCGCCGCCCGCACCAUCAUCGGCGACGAGGGCCACCGUGGCGUCUCCGGCGGAGAGCGCCGCCGCGUCUCCAUCGGCACCGAUAUUAUCCACGACCCCAUCAUCCUCUUCCUCGACGAGCCCACCUCCGGCCUCGACUCCACCAGCGCCUUCAUGGUCGUCCAAGUGCUGCAAAGAAUCGCCCGGAGCGGCAGUGUCGUUGUCAUGUCCGUCCAUCAGCCAAGCUACCGCAUCCUGGGCCUCCUCGACCGUCUGAUCUUCCUGUCCCGUGGGCGGACGGUGUACAGCGGGCCCCCGGACGGGCUCCCGGUUUUCUUCGCCGAGUUCGGCCACCCGAUCCCGGAGAACGAGAACCGGACCGAGUUCGCCCUGGACCUGAUCCGCGAGCUGGAGACCUCCGGUCCGACCGGGUCGAAGCCGCUGGUCGACUUCAACCGGUCGUGGCAGCUCAUGAAGCUCCCCCCGGGGCGCCGCUUCCCUGGGGCCCACCUCUCCCUGAAGGACGCCAUCAGCGCCUCCAUCUCGCGCGGCAAGCUCGUCUACGGCGCCACCGACGGGCCGGGUUCGGCCUCCUCCGUCCCAACAUUCGCUAACCCGUUUUGGAUCGAGAUGGGCGUCCUGACGAAAAGGUCCUUCACAAAUACCCGGCGAAUGCCGGAGCUAUUCCUGAUCCGGCUCGGCGCCGUGCUCGUCACCGGCUUCAUCUUAGCCACAAUUUUUUGGCGGCUCGACAGCUCGCCCAGGGGCGUCCAGGAGCGGCUCGGCUUCUUCGCGUUCUCGAUGUCCACCAUGUACUACACGUGCGCGGAUGCCCUCCCGGUAUUCCUCCAAGAGCGGUACAUCUUUAUGCGGGAGACCGCGUACAACGCCUACCGUCGCUCCUCGUACGUGCUAUCCAACGCCGUGGUCGGGUUCCCCUCGCUGGUCCUCCUGUCCGCCGCCUUCGCCGCCACCACUUUCUUCGCCGUCGGCCUCGCCGGCGGCUUCUCCGGCUUCGCCUUCUUCUUCCUUAUAAUCCUUGCCUCCUUCUGGGCCGGGAGCGGCUUCGUCACCUUCUUAUCCGGGGUGGUACCCCACGUCAUGCUGGGAUAUACCGUGGUGGUGGCUAUUCUGGCUUACUUCCUGCUAUUCAGUGGGUUUUUCAUCAACCGGGAUAGGAUACCGGGGUACUGGAUAUGGUUCCACUAUUUAUCUUUGGUGAAGUACCCGUACGAGGCGGUGCUGAGGAACGAGUUCGGGAUGGCGGCGGAGUGCUUCGUGAGAGGGGAGCAGAUCUUCGACAACACGCCGUUUGGGAAUAUGCCGGGGGAGAUGAAGCAGAGGGUGCUGGGAGCGAUAAGCGGGGCGCUGGGGACGAGGAUAACGAGCGGGACGUGCGUGACCACGGGGGAGGAUAUCCUGAGGCAGCAGGGGAUAACGCAGCUGGGGAAGUGGGAUUGCUUGUGGGUGACGGUGGCGUGGGGGUUCUUCUUUCGGGUGCUAUUUUAUUUUAGUCUUUUGAUUGGAAGUAAGAACAAGAGGAGAUAGAGAGAGCUACAAAUGAUGGCAGUUUUUACUUUUUUUCUUCUUUUGUUUAAAUUUUAUUUAAUUGGGUGUAAGUUAAGUGGAACUGGAACGGUAUAACUUUUUUUUCUUUUAGUUGAGAUAAUAAGUAAGAUAACUGAAGAUUUGUUUA